CAGUUUCCUGCAAAGAUUGCGGUAUAUAGCAUUCCUGAUGCCGUCUCUUCCAAUCCGUGGUCGGCAGGUCAACGUCGCAGGUCAACUCAAUGUAUGAAGCAAUCAGCUUGAGACUCCUCCUAGACACGCGCACGAUCGUCCUGAUUACUCAGCAAGUAAGGCAUUACCGCGCUACGUGGGGUCCCGAUGACUCAUUGCUCGUCCUGACAACAGGUCAGCGACGAGAAAUUAUUCUCAUGACGUCUACUCCCUUGCAUCCUAGCGAUUUUGGAGAAGGUCUGUUAUGCUCCAAUCGCGCUCGGCUGGGGAGACAAGAAAACCCAUUCCAUGGUUCACUCGGAAAAAGCGCUGCACAGGCCGGCUUCGACUUAUCUGCGGUUGGUACUAGCCCAGACGACGAUAGCAUACCCCGCAUUAGUUGGCGUGGAGACGGCGCAUCCUUCGCCGUUUCUGCGGUUUGUCCUGCAACUGGUGAGAACACGCGCUCUCGCAGGAUGCUCCGAGUAUAUUCCCGCGAGGGAGCACUCUCGAGUACAGCAGAGCCCGUUGCCGGACUGGAGCAUGCACUCGCCUGGCGGCCAUCAGGCAACCUCAUAGCCAGCACGCAGCGUUUCGGGGGUGAGGACGGACUUGCAAAGGGAAAGGAAGGAAGGCACGAUUUGGUUUUCUUUGAACGUAACGGCUUGAGACACGGCGAAUUCGGGCUACGGGAGUGGGCCGAUGGCAAGCGCAAACUGGCCAAAACUGUGACGUCGAGGAAGUGGGGAUACAGGGUGAAGGAACUAGGGUGGAGCUCGGACUCGAACGUGCUCAGCGUCUGGAUUGAGAGCGACGAUGGGAUAUCGCAGGAGAUCGAAGCACCACGCGAGCCAUCCGGGGAUCCAGGGCGAUUCACAUCCGUGACGUGGCAUCCCGAAGACGCUCUUCAGCUUAUUCUUACCACAUCAUCUCAAAUCAUACAGCGCACUUACGUAUGGGAGACCUGUGCGUCUCGUAGCCAGCCACCCAACGACACCGGCUCCGUCGCUGUCUUUGAUGGAACUAAUGUUCUCUUGACUCCGUUCCGCUCGCAGAAUGUGCCCCCUCCGAUGUGUGCUUUCAGCCUGGAUCUUUCGGCAUCGACGCCUUCGCAGCCCCUAGGUUCAAAAUAUGCUCGUACCGCAGUUCCCAUACACGCCGCAUUCGGUUCUGAACAGGAUGUCCUCGCUCUACUCUGGGAAUCUGGACGCGUGGCAGUCCACGGUUUACACACGAGGAUCGGCCCAGGGCGAGGGAAGAUCAUGACCCCUGAGAGGUUAUGGGACGGUGACUUGAGUGUAGAGGCUAAGCUAGAUACUCCCCGUUCGUAUCGCCAGGUGGUCCUGCUGCAAGCGCUCGACAUCGACACCGCGGAGCAGCCUAGGGGACACGCCCGCCUCGCUGUUUUGGCUGCAAGCAUGGCCGAAUCAACUCCUGACGUGGUCUGCGUAGUCUCACUUCGACCCGAUGGCCAGAUUAGCAUCGUCGAGGUUGAAUUACCGUCCCGCAAUGGUCGACUCCUGUCGGCAGAUGACCGAGUCCUAUGGCAAGCACCGUUGGGCGACGUGUUCGAGAUUGAUCAACGGAGCCUGAGCCCAAUCCUCAGGUGCUCCUUCCCGGAAUUUUGCACAACUGCGUCUCAGGUAUCCGCAACGCAUAAAGACGCAAAGGCGUCCUCUAUAUCGCUCCACGUCGCUCUGGAAGAAGGGUCUGCGCGAACGCUCGCCAGCAAUGCGACGUCGUUCACAGUUGCUUCUGGCUUCCUCAUCUACACAACCACUGCCCACGUCGCCCAGUUUGCGCCUCUCGACGCUCUCGCAGGUCUAUGCCCAUCACCGACAUCGGACUCCGAUCUUCCCGAAAUACCCACAUGGGAAUCAAGACGUGUAGAGAGGGGAUCUCGCAUAGUCACAGCUGUACCAAGCGCCAUGAGUCUUGUCCUGCAAAUGCCCCGCGGAAACCUCGAAACCAUCAAUCCUCGACCGCUGGUCAUGGCGGUCGUGUGUCAAGACAUCAACAGUGGCGAAUACGGCAAAGCAUUUGCGGCAUGCCGCAAGCACCGAAUUGACUUGAACGUUCUCGUCGAGCAAGAUCGAAACCAGUUCAAGAACAAUCUGCCACGAUUCGUUGAUCAAGUAGACGAUGUUGAUCAUAUCAAUCUCUUCCUCACGAGCAUUGGGCAAGGUGGUCUUUCAGCAGAGACUGUAUCGGAGCUGUGUGACGGCAUUCGCUUGGAACUCGAGAAGCGGGAUUUGAAGCGAUAUGUCAGUUCUGUAUUGACCGCCCACGCCGUCAAAAGACCUCCGGAUCACGAAGCUGCGCUCUCCUUGCUUCUACGUCUCAAAGAGAGUGACCCCCAGCUUGUUGAGGAAGCCGUGAAGUACAUCAUAUUCUUGGUUGACGCCGACAAGCUGUUCGAGACAGCGCUCGGAAUGUAUGAUUUCUCGCUUGUACUCAUGAUCGCACAGCACGCACAGAAGGAUCCAAGGGAAUAUCUUCCCUUCCUCCGAGAACUGCGGGCUCUCGAUCCUCAUUACCAGCGAUUCAGGAUAGAUGACCAUCUGAAGCGAGCCGAUCGGUUCGAAGAGGCCAUGACUUACGUAGAGAAGCAUCAACUCUACGAUGCAGCGCUGGCAAUCUGGCGUCCAACGGAUCAGUAUAAGGCGAUACUCAACAUCUACGGUGACUGGCUCUUCGAGCGAAGGGACUUUAGGUCCGCUGCGUUCGUCUUCCGCCAAGCAUCCAAACCGAGGAAGGCCAUGAUUGCACAUGAGAGAGCGCUCGAAUGGGCGGAGCUAUUCGAGCUUGCACUGCAGGAGCAGCUUCCACCGGACGAGUUGUCGUCCAUGGCAUAUCGCGUUGCGGAGGAUCUUGCUGCGAAGAAGCGCUACAUGGAUGCGGCCCGUACCUUGCUUGACUAUGCGGAAGAUGUCAGGGAAGCUGUCAAGACACUUGUGGAGGGGAGCCACUUCUCAGAAGCGCGCCGAAUUAUAGCUUUGAGAUCCCAUCCAGAGCUCCUGGUAGAUAUCGUAUACCCAGGUGGCUUGGAGUGUCGAGCACAGCUGGCAGAGGACCUACGCGAGAUGAGGGAACAGCUGCGCAAACAAGUCGCACGACUCCGUGAACUGCGCGUGCGUAAAAUAGAAGAGCCGGACGCAUUCUACGGGGUAGAGGACGUAAAUUUGCACGAUGUCGAUGUCAUGACUGAUGUGUCAAUGGCGCCGACUGCAUUUACGCGCUACACGCAAGCGCCUUCUUCAGUCUCUCGGACUACAUCAAAGCGGAGCUCGCGUUCAAAGCGGAAGCUCGAGCGCAAGGUUGGCUCGGGAAGGAAGGGCACUGUCGAUGAAGAAGAAUACCUCCUGAAGUCUGUCACCAAACUCGUAGGCAGGUUCAACACUACUCAAGCUGACGCGGCCAGCCUGCUCCCGCAUCUCCUUCAGUUCACUGAGGAUCACCAGACUGAGGCGCGCUCCCUUCAAACAGACCUUCAGUCGUUCGAGGACGAGUUGCGCAAUGCCCCGGCGCCCGAGGGUGAUGAUGCAGCGGAAUCCACACUCGACGGGUGGGCAGCGCGGAUGGAAGAGUACGAGAAGCAACGGCAGAUCAACGCCGUCGAGAAGGUCAGCAAGCCAGAGUUUGUGAAGCGCGAGUGGGAUCUGAGGCUGCCCGCAUAACAUAAUGUGAGAUGGAUAACUGCAGUGUAACAAUGUGAUGUAGCCCUAGAAUGCAGUGAAACCCCAAUCAAAGAAAAAGUCUACGACUGUUUGAUGUCCUAGACGUCGCACAGAUCGUCUCAAGUGCCCU